AAAAAUCGUUUUCUACGUUUAUUGGGACAUGAGACGUUGGCUGAACGAAUCCUGAAAGAAUUGAGCGCAAAAGAUGUUCUUCGUUUGGAGUGUACGUGUACACAUGCGAAUAAAGCGUGCAAUAUCAAUCUUGCCUUUACGGAACGGUUAUGGAAACAUUUUGUUGAAAGGGACUUCGGAACUGGUAAUUCUUAG